AUGGGUAAAGAUUUGGACAGAAAUCAAAUGAAAAACAAAUGGGACAUUAUGCGGAAAGAGUUCAAAUAUUAUGACCGUUUAACAAGACUAGAAACGGGAAUUUCAAUUGAUCCCGUGAGAAAUAUAAUCUCAGCAUCAAAGGAAUGGUGGGAUGAGAAAAUAAAGGAAGAUAAAGAGUAUGCUAAGCUUAAGGAUAAGAAUUUGGAUGUAUAUCAGACAUAUUACGAGGCUUUAUUUCGGGGUACCGUAGUUGUUGGAGACAAGGCUAAGUUAUCUUGCGAAUUUGGCGACAGUAGCACUCCAAAUGAUGUACAGUUUGUGGAUAUUACAGAUGGAAAAGAAGCUACUGACGAAGUCCGCUUAUUUGAUGAUGUUGAUCCUUUUCUCACAUAUGAUAGUUCUAGUAAGAAAAGGAGGGGAAAGAAGUUAACUCCCAGGCGUGACAACAAAAGAAAAUUUGAAGGAAAAAGUAUGGCAAACUCGUCAUAUGAAGAGAAACUGGACACUGUUUUUAAUGUUUUGUUAACAAGGAGCACUUAG